GCCCAAACAAGGAGGCUGAGGAACUAACAGAGCACAACCACCCGCAUCUCUUUCCCCCAACUCCUCCCCCGCCCCCAGAGAGUCCGGCAGCAGUGAGGGAGGGGGACCAAACCCAUCCCCCGUCCUACAGCCCUCCUCCCUGCGUGCACAGUGAAUCGCACCUUCUAGAGUCCUAACUCAGUUCUGGAGGACCAGCAUCCCCCGGAUCUGCCCCUCGGGCUGUGGUGGCCCCUGCUACCGGGAUGAGAGAGACAGGGACCCGCCCGCGGUGUGCCUUGAGGUGCGCGGAGCUCUCGCCGCGGCGCGCGCUGCCGUGAGUCUGAGGACGCGCGUGGAAGAAGGGAGUCGCAGGUUCGGGCAGGUGCAUAGACAGGCUAUGGUGACAGGAAGAUGUUGGCCAGGAAGAGCAUCAUCCCCGAGGAGUAUGUACUGGCACGCAUCGCCGCCGAGAACCUGCGCAAGCCGCGCAUCCGCGACCGCCUCCCCAAAGCCCGCUUCAUUGCCAAGAGCGGAGCCUGCAACCUGGCGCACAAGAACAUCCGUGAACAGGGCCGCUUCCUGCAGGACAUCUUUACCACCUUGGUAGACCUGAAGUGGCGUCACACGCUGGUCAUCUUCACCAUGUCCUUCCUCUGCAGCUGGCUGCUCUUCGCUAUCAUGUGGUGGCUGGUGGCCUUCGCCCACGGGGACAUCUAUGCUUACAUGGAGAAGAGCGUCCUGGAGUCCACUGUCUGUGUGACCAAUGUCAGGUCAUUCACGUCUGCGUUCCUAUUCUCCAUUGAGGUUCAAGUGACCAUCGGAUUUGGCGGGAGAAUGAUGACCGAGGAAUGCCCUCUGGCCAUCACGGUUUUGAUUCUGCAGAACAUUGUGGGUCUGAUCAUCAACGCGGUCAUGUUGGGCUGCAUCUUCAUGAAAACGGCCCAGGCCCACAGAAGGGCGGAGACUCUGAUUUUCAGCCGCCACGCUGUGAUCGCGGUCCGCAACGGCAAGUUGUGCUUCAUGUUCCGGGUGGGUGAUCUGAGGAAGAGCAUGAUAAUUAGUGCCUCGGUGCGCAUCCAGGUAGUCAAGAAAACAACGACGCCCGAAGGGGAGGUGGUGCCGAUUCAUCAGCUGGACAUUCCAGUGGAUAAUCCCAUUGAGAGCAAUAACAUCUUCCUAGUAGCCCCUUUGAUCAUCUGCCAUGUGAUUGAUAAGCGUAGCCCCCUGUAUGAUAUCUCAGCAACCGACCUUGCGAAUCAAGACCUGGAGGUCAUAGUGAUUCUGGAGGGUGUGGUGGAAACCACUGGCAUCACCACGCAGGCUCGGACCUCCUACAUUGCCGAGGAGAUCCAGUGGGGACAUCGCUUCGUGUCGAUUGUGACCGAGGAGGAGGGAGUGUACGCUGUGGACUAUUCUAAAUUUGGUAAUACUGUGAAGGUGGCUGCCCCAAGAUGCAGUGCCCGGGAGCUGGAUGAGAAGCCUUCCAUCCUGAUUCAGACCCUCCAAAAGAGUGAACUGUCACACCAGAAUUCUCUGAGGAAGCGCAACUCCAUGAGAAGAAACAACUCUAUGAGGAGAAACAACUCCAUCCGGAGGAAUAACUCUUCCCUCAUGGUGCCUAAGGUGCAAUUCAUGACUCCAGAGGGAAACCAGUGCCCAUCAGAAUCAUGACGGCAGGAUGAUUCUGAGACUGUCACUCUGAGUUCUGAUGACUGACAACCCUAAGACUGUCACUCUGAAUUCUAAUGACUGACAACCCUGAGACAGUACCAUUGAGUUCUGAUGUCUGACAGCCCUGAGACAGUUACUCAUUGAGUUCUGAUGACUGACAACCUGAGACAGUACCAUUGAGUUCUGAUGUCUGACAGCCCUGAGACAGUUACUCAUUGAGUUCUGAUGACUGAAUAUUAGACUGAGCACCAAGAUAGAGUUGGAAUGCAGUAUUCAUAGUUUAAUGCACUGAAAAAUGUUUCAUAUUCAAGAAAUAGAACUUCCUGUAUUAAUAAACAAUAACACUCAAUGCAGAAGACUCACGGCUCACACUUGUUUCACACACAGAAUGUCACUGUGACAUGUUAAAGUUAUUGAAUAGAACACAGAAGGUAUUCAUGGGUCUCAUUUUUGAAACACAAUUUAAGAUUGGACCUGGAAUUCCACACCUGGCCAAGGAUUGAGUCUGUCUGAAACAUGUAAUUGGUGAGCUCACGACUAUGCUGUUUCUACUGCUCAUUCUACACCUGCAGAUAGAAUGGGAAGGGGAAUGCUCCAAUCACAUUAAGUACCUUUUGUAUGUCAAGCUUAUUCUUUUUUCAUGAUGCUGUAUGUGGUAGAAAGCAUAAAGAAAACCUCUUACAUCUGUCUGCUUCUAAGCAGUAUUUGAUCAAUCACUAAUCCUAUACAUUGACUUCUAUGUACAGUUUGUUGGGUAGAACCGGGCAAGAGUCCACAGAAUAGCUGAGUCCUUGCUCUUGUUCAAGUGUUUUCUCAACUUUCUCCAAAAAAAAAGUGUAUUGAAUAUUUUAUUAAAACAUUUCCUUUAUA